AUGUUGUCAAAAACUUUGUUUAGACAGACAAGAAUAUCCAAUGUUAGACGCCUACUACUACAACCAACGAUAAGAUCAUUUUCACAAACUUUCACCAAAUUCCAAGAAGUUUCAAAAGAACCAUCAUCAACUUCAUCAGAACAACCGAAAAGAAGACCAUUAAGUAGAGUAGCAAUUGGUGGCUCAAAGGACUCAAAUAAAAAUUUUAACAAGGGAAGUGGGCUAGAAUUUGCAACAUGGAAAGCAGUAGUUUUAUUAGUAGUUGUUGGAGGUAUAGGUACAUAUUUUUUCCAAAAGGAAAAAGCUAGAUUACAUCAAUUAAGAGAAAUGGAACAAAAUAAAAAAAUUGGUAAACCAUUAAUUGGAGGACCAUUUAAAUUGAUGGAUACUAAUGGGAAUGAAUUUACUGAACAAAAUUUAAUUGAUCCAAAGGGUAAAAAAUUUUCAAUAUUAUAUUUUGGUUUUAGUCAUUGUCCUGACGUAUGUCCUGAAGAAUUAGAUAAAUUAGGUGAUAUGCUAGAUAUAUUAAAAGAAAAUAAAGUUGAAAUCCAACCAAUUUUUAUAACUUGUGAUCCAGCUAGAGAUUCUCCAGAAGUAUUAUCAAAAUACCUAGAAGAUUUUCAUCCAGGUAUAAUCGGAUUAACAGGUAGUUAUGAAGCAGUUAAAGACACAUGUAAGAAAUAUAGAGUUUAUUUUUCAACACCACCAGAUGUUAAACCAGGUCAAGAUUAUUUAGUUGAUCAUUCUAUAUUUUUUUACGUUUUAGAUCCUGAAGGUAAUUUCGUUGAUGUUAUUGGUAGAGAAUCUUUAGCUCCUCAAAGUGCUGAAAAAAUUACACAAUGUUCUGAGGCUUUUAUUCCACUGGAUCAAAUUGAAGCUAAAAAGCAAGGUAUGUUUGGAUUUCUUUAUAAAUGA